CUCUUUUAGCCAAGAUCCUCCGGAUCGGACGUAGUUAAUCUUUCAAGAAGAAGCAGCAAUGGCGUUUUCCUCGAAGCUUCUCCCUGUCCUCCUUCUGGCGCUUCUUGUGGCCACUGAGAUGGCGGCGGUACAGCAGGUUGCGGCGGUGAAGUGCCAGGAUCGGUGCAAGAAGUGCGUGGGGGCCUGUCUGUACGACGAAGAGUGCACGUUCAGUUGCAAGCGGGAGGGCUACGACAUCGGCGAGUGCCAUGGCUUCAACCACCGUUGCAUCUGCAUAAAAAAUGACUGCUAGGCGUUAUAUGUAUCGGAGGGUCGAUUUCUCAUCGGUCACAAUAAUUAGAUUAAAGAGUACUACGUUAUUGCCGUUCUAUUUAAAGCAUUAUAAGAAUAUAUUACUC